CUAGACUAACCUUAACCCAUUUUUUCUCCCCAAAUCUCCAUCUGUCAAAACUGCAGUUCCCUCCGGUUGUCCCCCUGUCCCUUGGAGAAUGCUGCUGAUGGGCAGACCAGGAAGUGAAAUCAGCAGUGUGACUAUUGUCAUUUGAACUUUAUACGGAAUAACCUGUUGUGGACCAUGCAUGUAUUUUUGGAAGCUAGCUAUUGAUUUGUUUCUUACACUAACUAGCCAUGGUGGUGGAGCAGAGAAGCUGGGUGCUGACUGGCGCAACUGUCGCCUUUGUCGCAGCGCUUUACCUGCCCUGCACGCAGAAGGCUGUCCCCGGUGGAGACUCAGGAGAGCUGAUCACCGCUGCUUGUGAGCUGGGGGUGGCUCACCCCCCAGGAUACCCAGUCUUCACCCUCCUAGCCUGGCUGGCUCUGUCCCUGCUGCCCUAUCUCUCCCUCUCCAUGUCUCCAGCCCACAGUGUCAACCUGCUGAGCAGCUUGCUGGGGGCCGGGGCCAGCGGGGCCCUCUGCUUCACUGUCUGCAGACUGGCAGGCCCAGGGCCGGGUGCGGUGCUGGCUGGGGGGGUGUUUGCUGUGUCCAGGCUCAGCUGGCAGUGGUCGGUGGUGGCUGAGGUCUUCUCCCUCAACAACCUCUUUGUUGGGCUCCUCUUCUCCCUGACUACCAGCUUCCACUGUGCUGACAGUGCCCCCCAGAGGAGGAAGGUUUCCCAUUGGGGGGCGCUGUGCUGUGGCCUGGGUCUGUGUAACCAGCACACUCUGGUGUUGUACGCGGUGGUCAUCAUUCCUUGGGUCCUGCUCCAACUCUACUCUCACAGGGAGCUGUCUGUGUGUGGGCUGAUGUCUCUGGGACUGUGUUUCCUGGGGGGUCUACUGCCCUACGUCUACCUGCCUAUCUCCUCCUACCUGAACACAGCUCGCUGGAGCUGGGGAGACCAGACUUCCCUCUCAGGCCUCUUUACUCACCUACUGAGGACUGAAUACGGCACCUUCAGCUUGGCCAAGACAGAAGGUACCGGGAACCUCACCAUGAUGCUAAAGGCUCAGCUGGACCACUGUAUGGCUGACCUGUCCCUCCCCGUGCUGGUCCUGGCUGGACUGGGCCUGUUCCUCGUCUCCUGGGACAGGAGGCGCCGUGUUGUUUCCUGGCUACUGACGGCCAUGCUGCUACUCUACUCCCUGUUCUUCGCCUGGAGAGCCAACCUGGACAUCAGCAGACCCCUACUGCUGGGAGUGGUGGAGCGGUUCUGGCUUCAGAGCGAUGCUGUGGUGUGUGUGCUGGCUGGGCUGGGCCUGAGUUGGACACACACAGGCCUGGAGAGGAGGCUAGGCCAUGGGGGUCUGUGGAGGGCCGGAGGCUGGCUCUUCACCGUAGGUGUCCUGGCACGCAUGGUGCUCUCCAACCAUCGGGAGUGUGAUCAGAGCAUCAACAGUGUUGUGGAGCGGUUCGGCAGGGAGCUUCUGGCCUCUGUCCCUCCAGACUCUAUCAUCCUGACCCGGGGAGACCUCCCAGGGAACUCCCUGCGCUACCUCCACUACUGCCAGGGGGUCCGGCCUGACGUACACCUCGUUGACCAGGAGAUGAUGACGUACAGCUGGUACGUGGCCAAGCUGGGCCAGCAUCACCCUGGGGUUCAUUUCCCAGGGCUCUGGUGGGACCCGGUCCACACUGAGAAGAAGGACACCUUCAGUCUGGAGCAGUUCCUCUCUCACAACACACAGGGGGCCGUGCUGGCCUGCAUCGGGCUUCCUAACGGGGACCCCAGCUGGGAGAGGAGCUUCUCUCGCUGGCCCCUAGGCGUGUGUGACCACCUGGUGCCUGCCCAGGAGCACUUCCACCCGGAGGAGUGGGCCCGUCGCACCCGCUACAUCUAUAACUGGACUGAACCACACAACAGCUUCCACCCAGGGUCCUGGGAGAGGGUGGCUAAUGAGGAGAUGUGGCAGGCCAGGAUGAAGACGGCUUUCUUUCUGUUUGACCUGGCUGAGAGGAUCCAGGGAGAGGGGAAAGCUCGCCUGUUUGAGCUCUCCUACACUCUGUAUAAGGAGAUUGUGGAGAGGCAUACAGACUACCCUCCUAACUGGGAUAAAAACCUGGCCCUGGCCAGCGAGAGGCUGCUGCGUUCAGGGAAGGAGGGCUACAGCCCUGAUAGCCUGCUGACCUGCAGCAUCCAGCACUUCAGCCUGUACCUGGACAAGGAGCCCACGGACUCCCAGGCCCCCGCCAUCCGCACCGCCGUCUCCCACCUGCUGCAGGAGAGGACCAGGCUCCGGCAGAAACACACCCCGUGAGGGAGGGGAGUGUCAGAUAGAGCAGGCAUACAGGAAGUACUGCAGGACACCAUGGAGCCUCUCUGAGGAGGAGAGGUCCUCUCAAUGAGUGUGGCAGCCAGGGGACGUUGACUGACCUACAGGCUGUGUCUGGUGCUCUAACUUCUCUGCUGGUUGGGAUGAAGGGUUUUCUCAGGGGUUGAACACGCCCAGUACACUGGAGAGUAGACUGGGCUGUACCGGCAUUCAUCAUGGGAAAAUGUAUGUAUGAUGACCUGGAAAAUUCUGUGAUGAAGUAGGGCAGGAAAAACAUCCCUUGUCAAAGACUUGGCUACAACAUGGGACCUAAUAUGGAGGUAGUGUUGGUGAUGGGGCUCUCUGUGAUGAGGUGGGGUUGUCCAGACAAACAGGAACCAGGCUGCACCUCACACUGCAGGAAUGUUUUCCACUGGGGACAUUACAUGACUUUUGCAGCCUGGAUUGAACCCAAUCAAGCUGUUCAAGUCUCCCACACAUACUUUUAUUUACUAUUUCCCUGUCUCAUUUUUCUGUCUCUCUCUGCAUCUCUUUCUCUCUCACAGCUUUUAACGUUAUGAUUAUGUGGCCGUGGCCACCUGCUGAUUUAGUUAUCUUUUUCUCCCAUUAGGUGGCAGGGCUGAGAUUGAGGGAAACCCAAUUUGGGCGCAGAAAUGGGGGAUUAGAGCAGGCUCUUAAUCUGUGACAGACUUGUGCAUUGCCACGCUGUCGCUGUCCUGGGCUCUGGGCUCUUAGCGUGACCCUGGCUCCCAGUCGCCACCGCUGCCCACCAACUAUACAUCCAUCUGAGUUGGUCCUUUAAAAACAAAUGGAUUCAAUGAGCUUUUUUUUCUCCCUUUGACGACAGAGCUAUAAUCCCUCAUAGAUUUAAAUGAAAUAUGAAAUGUUACAAUGCCAGGGACCCUUUUAGAGGUGUGUGUGUGUGUGUGUGUGUGUGUGUGUGUGUGUGUGUGUGUGUGUGUGUGUGUGUGUGUGUGUGUGUGUGUGUGUGUGUGUGUGUGUGUGUGUGUGUGUGUGUGUGUGUGCGCCCCUCCAGUGAUACGCAGAGAGGAAAAACACACUCACACACACCGAGCAGUGGAGCGCUUUCAUCUCCAGAGAGACAUUCCGUCACGCAGACAUCGAGUCAAAACCACAGUCACGCAGACACUCAGAGACGUUGCAUCCAGACAUGCAAAGGUCCUCAGCAGCACGACCCACACUCCUGGAUAGAUGGACUCAGUAACUUGAGGCUGGUCUGAGAGACAUGGUGAUUCAGUACACCUGAUUACAUCUUUAACUACUGUCCCUUUCAUUCCUUCCCCCCUCUGUUCUCGCAUAGACUUUGUACCUAAUUUACCGUACACAUUCUCAGUCUGUGAACAUGCUAUUUCACUCUUUCGGGGCUGGUGUGUUUGAUAUUUGGGCGCCACUGAUUUCUAUGAGACCUGGUCCACAGCCACUCCUGUGUCCACAGCCAGCCUAGCCUGUGUCCUGUCCUGUCAUCUGCUCUCAUUGUACUUUUAAUGGCAUGGACAGAGAGGGCAGAGCAUUGGAAGUGCUGCUCCGGUCCUCUCAGAAAACAACCUGCCCUCUGCUCUGUCCACGAGGCUGGCUGAUGAGAAUGGGCCUAGGACAGAUGGUUCAUCUCUCUCUCAGAAAAAAGUGUUUUUCUGUUCUCCAAAGAUUAAAAUACUCUAAGAAAGAUUA